GGUACUCACGCAACUGGUCUACCGGCUGCUCGUGCCAACAUGGACGAGGGCAACUCGGAACCGCAGACGAAAAAAAGACGACGCCUGGAACCGCCGCAGAAGACACCGGUCGCCGUUGCGCCCGAUGGCCAGGUAGUUGGCAGAAGGAAAGCCACUGACAACAUCCAACAUGGGAGUCCUAACCGCGCGGUGUCGCCGCCUUCAGUGCAGUCGUCUCAGGGAGUCACCGAAAUCGUUAUGCAUCACCAAGCGACGCAGGACAUGGACGACGACGAGCCCGUUCAGGUCAAAUACGAGGUCGUCGAAGAAGUCGUGGCUUACGAAACGUGUCCGGCUACCAUCAUGGCCGCACAUGCCGCCGACGAAGACCAGGUGGACAACGACGCCUCCGAUAACGUUGCACAUUCGCCCACGCUGGUACCGACCAUAAUCUCGGUCGCUGCGGUCGAAGAUGAGGACGCUGCCACAACGCCCAGUGGUUCACCCGAGCUGGCCGAGCUGCGCGUCGAGUGGCCCGUGUCUCCGUCGCAGGCGGCCGUUGUGGUCGGCGGUCCGCACCAGGAAGGCCUGCAGGAGAUGUAUGUGCUCGACCCGCUGGCGCAACCGACCCCCGAACAACUCGCCAUCGUCGGCGCCGCUGGUCCCGACCACAUGCCUUGCGACUACCGCAUGAUGACGCUCAACCAGGGCUCUCCAGGCCCACACGGCGAGUUCCAAGAACUGCCGCCGUCCCACCACCACGCGCAGGGACAGCCGUACCUGCUCACCUCUCCCGGCGGCAGCUACUCGGUGCGAAUCCUCUCGGACGAUGGCCAGCCACUGCCGCAGACUCAGCAGCAGCACUUGAAGCUCGUCAAAGGCAGUGCCAGCCGCGGAGCAGUCGUGGUGGACGGCGGCAGCGGCGCCGGUGAAGUGGUGCACGGCGAGGUGUUCGUCCCGUCGGCUGUGGACAUUGUGCCGAGGACGACCGCGUACGGACACCACGCCGGUGUGCUCGCAGCGGCGGCGCCGGUCGCCACGGUGCUCCCACCAACCGCCGCCGCUGCCACUGGAGCUGCGUUUCUUUCCAGGGACGUCAGCUACGUGCUGCCACAACAGCAGCCGCAGCAGCAUCACCAGCGCCAGCAGACGCAGGCGACGGCGCACCAGCCAGCGCAACAGCAACCGCAAGCGUCCCAGACGCAGCCGCAACAGACUCACCAGUCCAGAAGCUCCAGGAGCAGUGGCCGGACGAGGGACAGAACUCGCAGUUCGAGCACGCUGAGCCGGGAAGAGCAAAAACGCAAUGCGUGCGACCGCGAGCGGAGCCGCAUGCGCGACAUGAACCGCGCCUUCGACCUGCUCCGGGAGAAGCUGCCAUUCUGUAAGCCACCCGGAAAGAAGUUCUCCAAGAUCGAGUCCCUCAGGAUGGCCAUCAAGUACAUCGCGCAGCUGGAAUCAGUGCUGUCUUCCCAAUCGUCGACGUCGGCGGGCGCAGCCAGCGGCCAGCAUUACGACCCGUCUUUCUUCUCAUCCUCGGUAUGGGCGUCCGCACCCAACUACUACAGCUGGAUACGACAGGACGUAGAGAACGGUGGACCGAGCAACGGCGGAGGCGGUGGCGGUGGCGGCGCCGCGGGCGCAGGAGGCCAGGGCAGCAACGGCAUGGUGCUCGACUCGACAAGCGCCAACCCAAGCGCAUUCUCGCCGCCCAGCCCCAAAUACUUCGCCAACUGCGACAAGGUCAAGGAGGUGACAUUGACGGCCGACGGCACCUACUGGCACGGAGACGGUGCCGCACAGGCAGCGCAGUUCGUCUACCAGUAGGACAGCAGCAGCAUCUGUCCUGGGUUGCCCUUCGCACGCUGCGCCAUUUUGCCUUGGAGCCAUGUACAAACCUGUAUAUUGUUGUUCUAGUCAGCCUCGCCCCCAACUGCGGACACAGGGCAGGCUCGCUUACUUGCUUUAUCUUCUUGUUCGUCGCCACUCAAACUGCCUACGGUUGCGUGAUAAUCGAAAUAUUUGUUGUCUUGUAGCAGUGGGGGCCCAAGAACCGGACUCACAAUGCCCUUCGCACCUAAGAAUGAUUGGUAAGGCGUAUGAUAGCCACUACUGGCGGCAGCAGCAGCCCGCCGAGAUAUUAGACAGUGACAGAAGUAAUUAUUCCGAGCUAAAGGCCUCGUCAAUUCGAAUCGUAUGAUAAGAUUCGCAAAUCAGAGUGUGAGUACCGACCAACAGUCAAGAUGGUAGCCGAGGAACGGCCUAUGAAAAACAGUUCUCACCGAUCUAAAACCUUUGUGAUUCCGGUCCCUGAUCAACAAGGCUUUUUGUGCGUAAGCUCGUUCCUUGAUCCGCCGGAACAUUAGCUAUGGCUUCGUUUGUAACCACAAGCUCUUUUUUAUCACUCGAGGAGGGCUGCCUUAAGGCAUAUUAGAAAUAUCACAUGACAUUAUAUGAAUGUGUGAUUAUACAUGAAUGGGAGAAACAAAUCGCCGCGAUUUAGUGGCCAGCGCAUUAGUUUCAUCUAAUCGCGAAACGAACUAGCUUACAAAAUAACAUAUUUGCGAAUCCGCUACCAGAUACCUAAAGCUCCAUUUGCAUCAACGAACGGGCUUUGAGAAGGCUGUGAGGAGAAAACAUUCCUUUCUUAUCGUUCACGAGCGACUCGAAAGGCGUAACGACUCGUUACGCCAUGUUAUACAGCCUUGACAUGUUUUUUCCCCCUCGCAUAGCUUUUCUUUUACAUACCGCUAUUAUCGGCGGAACCAAACACGGUGCUUAAUUAGACCAUUUAGGUUUUUAGUAAGUAAGCGUUACAGAGAACGCCGCGUGUACACUGACUUCUAUUUUUUCAACUAAAGGACUUAAACUAGUCAACGUUGCGGUGCAGCAUGUGUCGAAAGUUACCUGCAAUCACCCUAGGCUGUCUAGGUGGUUUUUCUAGUGAAGCGUACUUCAUAAUCUUUGGGCUCGCAGGUUGAUUUUGCGACGCCAUUGACGCAAAUUUUGUAUGUGCGGAACUAGUCUGUGUCGGCGUUGUGCUAGCGGUGCAACUAAGACAGACAGUGCAAGAAUUUUAUCUCCUUUGGACGUUGUGUAAAAGUGCUAAGGUUUUGACGCAUACUGCUGAUAUGCUAUAGAACAGCUGAGUGUUUAGUAAAUUGAAAUUUGCCUGCGAUUGUGUGGUCGCGGUAUUGCGUGACGCGAAAUUGAUGCGACAUGUCAAUGGAGAGCUUUAGUAUUUAACGUAGACGUAUUACAAGGGUGACAGAAAUGCUGGAAGACCUAGAUGAUGAUGAUGGUGAUGAUCUAUAUAGAGUAACGGCAAAGUCUGCUAUGACGGAAGACCUAGGCGACAUAUGGUGAUGCCGUGUUCAAUUAAGCUGCUUGUAACUCUUAUGACAAUUAAGUGAAAUAUUAUCUGCUGGCACGAACUGCCUGCAGUGGUAAGAUCAUCAAGAUAAUGACUUUGUCUCUCUCUCUCUCUUUUAGAGAAAACCAGCGUCUAAAGAACGUUUUUAACGCAUUUUGGUUAAACAGAGUCUCUAAAGUUGGCGGCACUAGCCCUGCUGCCACUGUCUAACUUUUCCAGUAUUCUUGUGCAAGUCAAACCUGUGAUAAAGCUCUUUAUUGUUCUUAGCCGGAAUUAUUUGUCGAACGUUAGUAUUGGUGCUCUAUCUGCAAACAUAAACCAAUACAUUUAAUGUGAGCGCCACAGCUUAGCUACGGUGGCUGUGCUAUCAGCUGUUUGAUGAGCAGAGGCCGGGAAAAUACGAAAGCCUGCCACAUCGCUAGCAGGAAAUCGAUGCCUCGAAGUUACUAUCGAACCUUAUUUACAGGCAUUUCUGGCUAUGUGUAUUAAGAUUAAACAAAUACAUUACUAGCAAAUGAUAGCCUGAUGGGUGUUAAAAUGUGUGAGAAUAAUCCAUUUGCAAAUGAGCGUCUGCAAUAUACAUUACGCGUCGCCCGGUUGAAAUUGCCGUAGUUUUUUAACCCGUUGCAGAUUAUUUCAACAACUAUGCUACAUAAUUGUAGCGGACAGUGCUGUGUAUAUCAAAGGAGUGCAGACGCCAAAUUUCCGGCAGAUUAUUAUUUUUUUUUACUCUUGGGGGAUACACAUAAACUAGAAAACCAUAAUAACGGCUGGAAUGUGCACGAUCAUGUCCCCAGUAAUUUAAUACCGGGUGUUUCGGCGAACAUCUUCAAUUUUUUUUAAUUGCCUGUGGCAGAUAUCACAAUUCUAGUUUAUGGGCUGGUCUACUCAAAGAGGUGGAUAUUAUUUACACAAUUAAUUUAAAUCCAUAAUCGACUAAUUAGCAAAAUGCACUAAUUAGGUUUUAGCUAGUUAACUUAUAGCACAUAUUGCAAUUUACAAAUUCUAGCCGGUGAAUUCGCAAGGCGGAUCCACUUGGAACGAAUUCUCGCGAUGACACCAGCGUCAAGAUAUUAAUUCACGAAAUUUUCGGAGAAAUGCAUUGGCGUCCCAGUUACUUUUGUGCUUCGAUGCAUAAACCGACGUUUUGUUAAGAAAGUAACUGGAACGACAGUGCAUUUUUACCGCAAGUUUGGCGGCGCAUAUCUCGUAAAUGGUGUCAUCCACACAAUUCUUUUCAAGUGGAUAUGCCUUGCAGUCUCACCCGCUAGAAUUUGUAAAUUGCAAUAUGUGCUAUCAGGUAAUCGGCUAAAAACUUAAUUAGUAAAUUCCUGUUAAUUAGUCGACUAUGUAUUUCAAUGUUUUGUGAGGAUAAUGUCCGCCUCUUCGAAUAGACCAGCUCAUGGACUAGAAUUGUGCUAUCUGCCACAGGCAAUCUUAAAAAAAAAAAUUGGAAGUGUUCCCUGAAACACCCUGUAUAAAACGAUUUGCAGCACACGAUUCCAGAUUUUGAAAUUCCCGCCAGCAGCGGUAAAUAACCUUUGAAUGACGACGUAAGUAAUGAGUACCCGACGUCACGGAGUUCACGUGAAUCAACAAAGUGUUGACGUCAACAAACUCAUCCGUCACCUGCUUCCUUUCACACUUGCGCCCACAUUCGUCAACGCCGAAGCUACGUAAGAGACACGUACUUGCGGUCUCCCGGCCCUGUUUUGACAAACGCACAUGCAGCUACGCUGAAGAUGCGUCGCCAGCAGCGUCUUUAACGCCACGAUAUUUGAUGUCAGGAAUGACGUUUUCGUGAUGGCUAUCACGACAAGCUCGGAGAAGGGAGCCAGGUUUAAUUUCGAGACUUUAAAAUUGAAGUAAAUUAGCUUUUAUAUUUCUGCUGUCAGUCAUACUUCGUGAGAGCGCUCCUCGUAAGCAUGCAAAGCUUAUACUAUAGUCAAUUUAUACUGUAAAUUUGGUGUCUACACUCCUUUAAGAUUUAAAAGAACAGAUGUUUGUUAUGAGCUCGUCUUUCUUUACAUGUGUGUAUAACUCCUUGCAAAUAUUUUUAUAAGCACCUUGGACAUAGCAUAUCGUUUAUUAUAUGUUCGUGUUCGUUGGUCUUUUUAAAUAAUUUUCCCGUUUUCCAAUCGUCGAGUGACUUGUCAGUUUGAUUCCCAAUGACCAGCAAACCUUGUUUUGUUCCUUGACAUUCUUGUUUUCCGACAUUUAGAAAAUCAUCACCAGGAACAAGAUCCUGGCCAAUCUUCUUUAUCAUAACAAAUUUUUCGUUAAGCGUCCUGACUUUGUGCGUUUGCGACGAUACCACUGUGCAAUUAUAGCGCACCGUUGUUAGGCUUCACCUAUGGCACCUAAGUGCAAAACUAAACCAGAUUUACAGUGAUGUCGCGGAAUCGUUCUUGCUGAUUUUCCUGCCGGCAUAUUGCAGUACGACUUUGGUAUAUAUAAUCUAUUUCGGGCUCAAUGCUAGCACACAUACACGGAGCGCUGUCACUGUAGGAGCCUAUCAUCAAAUGACGAAAGUAGUGGUAUAAACGAACCCACUGCAUACAACACGGUUCUACGCAGUUUUCUUUUUUUUCUCUCUCUAUUUAGCUCUUUUUUGAUGCGAGUAGCCAUAUUAUCCGGACUUUAAAAUAAAAAUAAAGUGACUUCACACAUCUUAAAGGAAAAUGAUAACAUAGCAUUUCUUUACUUUGUUAUAUUUACAUUUAUAUGUAAAUAAAAACGGGAAUGAACGGUAAGGGAGUUCGUGGCUACGUAAUAGCACAGAAAGCUUUUGCAACGCGUUCUUUUCAUUGUGUUGUUAUAUUAUACAGAGUGCAUCAAAGACGGCUUGAAUGUUAUAAUAAAGGGGGGGGGGGUACAGAUGACCAAUACCAUGUGCCUUAUUUUGUCGCAGGGACGUUUUGUAACACUCCAAAGCCAUACCAAAGCGUGCCUGCUUUUAAGAGACUGUUGUUGUUGCGCAAUCACUGUUGUCGUACUUGAUGAAUAAAGUUCGUUCAUUUCUCU